AAGAUUCGUUUCAAGACAUCUCACAUUACAACUUGUUUCCCUCUCGUCUUCUCAAUGUCAACCCGUUUUUCUCUCAAGCAGCUAACUCUGCCCUUCUUCUCACUUAUAAAUGUCACACAUGAAUCUCUCUCUCCAGGACUCAAUAAUGGUCUGGCCAUUACGCCGCCGAUGGGAUGGAACUCUUAUAACCAUUACUCGUGCUCCCCAAACGAGAGCAUUAUCCAUGCAAACGCGCAAGCUCUCGUAGACCUGGGCCUGCAGCCUCUGGGUUAUCAUUAUGUGACUGUAGAUUGUGGAUGGACUUUACCGGACAGAAUCGCAGACGGUACCUUGACGUGGAAUCCAGCAAGAUUUCCUAGUGGUUAUCCUGCCUUGGGAAAUUUUAUCCAUGGUCUUGGUUUGGGGUUUGGGGUCUAUCAAGAUGCUGGAAUUCAAACCUGUAUGACUGGAUCACCCACUCAAGUCGGUAGCUUAUUUCAUGAACGCAUCGACGCGGAGACAUUUGCUGCAUGGGGAGCAGAUUUGUUGAAGUAUGACGACUGCUAUUCAGAAGCAGCAACUGGAUAUCCAAACGUUGACUACACACCCGCCGUGUCGCCGUCCGGCCGUUACGCUAACAUGACCGCCGCUAUUUUGGCAACUAACCGUCCAAUACUCUUCCAGAUUUGUGAUUGGGGAGUCGACUUUCCUGCAUUGUGGGCUCCCGCACUGGGUAACUCAUGGCGUGUCACGAACGAUAUCAUCCCAGCUUUUCGCACGAUCCCUCGAAUUCUGAAUCAAGUGGUUCCUCAGACAGAUUUUGCUGGACCGGGACAUUGGCUGGAUCUUGACAUGCUCGAGGUUGGAAAUGGCGUGUUCACGAUUCCCGAGGAACAAACGCACUUCUCGCUCUGGGCAAUUUUGAAGAGUCCAUUGGUCAUUGGAGCAGCCUUAAAAGAUACUUACAGCAGUAUUUCGCAGGCUUCCUUGGCAAUACUGAAGAACAAGGACAUCAUCGGUUAUAACCAAGACAGUCUGGGUGUUGCAGCUAGCUUCAGAAGAAGAUGGACGGAAGCGGGCUACGAACUUUGGGCUGGCCCACUAAGUGGAAAUAGAAUGGUUGUCGCUCUCAUAAACCUUCAAAAUACCGAUAGAAGUUUGACAUUAGAUCUUCCUGAUGUUGGGGUCCAAAAGGCUGGAUUGGUCAAAGAUAUUUGGAAUGGAGUCACGGUCGCGAAUGCUCUCACCUCAUACACGGCUCUGGUAAAAGCACAUGGAACGCUUCUAUUGGAACUAGGUGAGAUGGUCAGUGCAGGAUCUUAUGACUCCUCCAAUGCUGUCACAGUGGGGCAAACCACAACAUUUGGCAAGAUCUUUGGUUCUACCACAAGCCAAAACUACUCUGCUCUUCUCAGCUUCAAAGAUAAACAGACGGCAGCUUCCGUGGUUGUGAAUGGGAACCCUUACACAUUAACCGAUUCUUCAUACCUGACCGUUCCUCUUUCUCUCAACGCCACGAACAACAAUACUAUCAUCAUAACCUCACCUAUUCCUCCAACUUCGCUUUCAAUCACUCCUCCAAACUCAACUUUCUACCCGUCCACAUCUUUCAAAGUGUCAGGAUCCUCAAUACUUACCACAUGCCACACCGGCCUCUGCAAGCCCGUCGGGUCAAAAAUCGGCUAUUUGACACCUACCGGCUCCGCUUCACUCUCAAUUCCUGCCCCAUACAAGACCUCUUCUGGUUUGGCAGUAAGUAAGUAUGUGGAAAUCUAUUUCUGCAAUAACGAAAUCGCCUUUCAAACCUCUUGGGAUUAUGGCACGAAUACGCGGAACAUGACGAUUGCGGUUAAUGGUGUGACGACCAGAGUCGAGCUGCCGUUGAGUGGAAGAAGCAGUGAGCUCUUUAGCCCAGGGUAUGGUUGGGAAGAUACAGGAGUAUUUGGAGUGUUAUUGGGGGGGUGGACUGAUGGGAACAAUAACGUUGUUGUGGGUAACGUUUACGGGAGUUCGGGUUUGGUGAAUUACGGUGCUGAUUUCGUGGGGCUGAGUGUUUAUUGGUGAGGAUUACGCAGACUCAGGCAGACCAGAGGGGCAAUGGUGGGUGCAAGCCGUGUAGCCAUAUCUUUAAGGUUGCUGUCAAGCCCC